UUUUCCUCUCAAACUUUCAACCAAUGGGAGCUGAGCUUUGGCCGCGCGGAGCCCCGAGCUCGCGCUCCUCUCCGCGGCUCUUCCCCCUUCUGGCCUCCCCUCCCCCCCUUUUUCCUUUCGUGCCCCAUUCAGGGCAGCGAUGCUGGGCAUGUACGUGCCGGACAGGUUCGCCCUCAAGUCGUCUAACAUCCAGGACGGGAUGGGGCUCUUCACGGCCCGGCGAGUGAAAAAGGGUGAAAAAUUUGGGCCAUUUGCAGGAGAGAAGAGAAUGCCACAGGAGCUGGAUGAAGACACGGACUGCAGGCUGAUGUGGGAGGUACGUGGGAAUAAAGGUGAAGUGCUUUAUGUCCUGGAUGCCAGCAAUCCACGGCAUUCAAACUGGUUGCGUUUUGUACAUGAAGCACCAUCUCAAGAGCAGAAGAAUUUGGCUGCUAUCCAGGAAGGAGAAAACAUUUUCUAUUUAGCUGUUGAAGAUAUUGAAACAGAUACAGAACUAUUGAUAGGUUACCUUGACAGUGACAUGGAAGAAGUAAAAGAAGAGGAGGAGGAAGUCAUUGUUAACCAAGAAGAUGAUGACAGCAAUAACAAUAGUAAUAGCAGCCAUAAGGACUUACAGCAAACUAAUGAAAAAGAUUCUCUUAGCUGUAAAGAGGACCAUGCUUGUCCAAACUGUGAAUCCAGUUUUGCCAGCCAGGAAAUUUUAGCUGAACAUCUUCAAACAUUGCACCAAAAACCUAGUGAGGAAAAGGAAUUUAAAUGCAGAAACUGUGGGAAGAAAUUCCCAGUGAAGCAAGCUUUGCAGAGGCAUGUUCUGCAGUGCAUAGAAAACAACAACCCAGGAGAACGUUCCAGGAGUUUUCAAUGUUCUGUUUGCAACACACCCUUCAGCUCAGAAUCGAGCUAUGAGCAACAUAAGGAAGCAUGCCGUGGUGAGGCCAGGUUCGUAUGCAAAGCUGAUAGCUGCGGGAAGAGGUUCAAGAGUAAAGAUGCAUUGAAAAAGCACAAGGAAAAUGUUCAUAGUGGAAAUUCUAGGAAGAGGCUGAUGUGCUCUGUGUGUAACAAGAGGUGUUCUUCGGCAACAAAUCUUCAAGAGCAUCGAAAGGUUCAUGAGAUCUUUGAGUGUCAGGAAUGUGACAAGAAAUUUAUUUCAGCUAACCAGCUAAAACGUCAUAUGAUAACACACUCAGAAAAACGCCCCUACACCUGCGAGGUUUGCCAUAAGUCCUUCAAACGACUUGAUCAAGUGACUGCACACAAAAUUAUACACAGUGAAGAUAAACCCUAUAAAUGCAAGCUUUGUGGAAAGGGAUUUGCCCACAGAAAUGUUUACAAGAAUCACAAGAAGGUGCAGCACAGUCAGCAGCAGUGCAAGCUUCCCCACAGCAAAGUAUCAUCCAAAUCUCUCAGCCCUGUUCUGGAGGAUCCACCUGUUGAGACUCACUCUGAAGAGAGACCAUUUCAGUGCGAGGAAUGCAAAGCAUUGUUCCGAACCCCAUUCUCUCUGCAGAGGCACCUUCUAAUACAUAACAGUGAAAGAACCUUUAAAUGUGAUCACUGUGAUGCUACAUUCAAAAGGAAGGACACACUGAACGUUCAUAUACAAGUUGUUCAUGAUGGGCAUAAGAAAUAUAAAUGUGAUUUGUGUGACAAAGCCUUCGUGACACCCUCUGUACUUAAGAGUCAUAAAAAAACUCACACAGGGGAAAAGGAGAAAAUUUGUCCAUACUGUGGACAGAAGUUUGCAAGCAAUGGAACACUGAGAGUACAUAUUCGGAGUCAUACAGGGGAACGUCCUUACCAGUGUCCUUAUUGUGACAAAGCUUUCAGCAAAAACGAUGGAUUAAAAAUGCACAUUCGAACCCAUACAAGGGAAAAACCUUACCAGUGUUCAGAGUGCAACAAGGCUUUCAGUCAGAAACGUGGCCUUGAUGAACACAUGAGAACCCAUACAGGGGAGAAGCCGUUCCAGUGUGAUGUUUGUGACUUGUCAUUCAGUUUGAAGAAAAUGCUGAUCCGACACAAGCUGACUCACAAUCCAAACCGCCCCAUGGCCGAAUGCCAGCUGUGCCACAAAAAGUUUACAAGAAAUGACUACCUCAAAGUGCACAUGGAAAAUGUCCAUGGAGAAACUGACAGCUAGUUUUGGCUUACACAAAAAGAGUGCCAGGCCUUCCCUUUGAGGAUAUAUAAACUCCAGACUUCUUACCUGAUUAGUGGCUGCAAGACACACAUACACGCAAAAAAUCUUAUGUGCUCAUAUAAUUGCUUCAAUUGGUUCAAACAGAAGUAAUUAACUUAAGUGUGAGUUUAACAGAUAAUAUUUAAUAGGAGAAAUCUCACCCUAAUCUGUCAUCUUUUUGACAUACUUCAAUGUAUUUUUCUGAAUGUUCCUCUGUGUUGAAAUUAGUACUAAAGCAAUAGUCCUAAAUGGGCUUAAGGUUGCUAUAGCCAUUUUGUUAAUCAACAGCAUUCAACUACAAAUUCAAAUGGAAAGCCUUUUCCUGUACAGGAGAUUAUUUUGAUAUGAAUUUCACCUGUAAAUCACAUGAAAUGUAUUUAAAGAAUGCCUACUUUGGCCCCUACUCAGGGGUAAGCACCAUUGAGCUCAAUGAAGUCUGCUUUUUCAAAAAAAAAAAAAAAAUGAGGUCAAACUUUCUGGGUAAGUUCUGGAAACAGCGGCAACAUCUUUUUGCAAUUUUGAUAGGUGGCGAGUACUAGGAUGGAGAGUGUGUCAUUUACAUGCUGGUGGGCUGCAAUUUCUGUCAUUGGCUGGGGGAGGGUGCAGUCCAAUGGCAUCUGGGGGGACACAUGUUUCUCACCUUUUGGGUACAUGUUCAUGUAGGUCACAUCUCCAUACAAAAUAAUCCUGGAAACCUUAGACAUUCUCAUUUCCAUGCUUAAAAUACUGAGGAUAGUGUCUGAGUUUCUGGAUGAAUUUAAUUGAUUUCAUAAGUACACAAGUCUUAAGUGUCAUGAAAAUUAAUCAGACCUCAGCAUAUAUGACAAUGAAUUAUACUGUAAUUUCUGUAAAUAGUCUUAGAUGUAUACAUCUGUACAAUUGUUUCCUAUGAUUUCACAAGAUUAUAAAAGUACCUAUACUUUAUUAAUGUAUGGAACUGACAUCCAGUUUGUUGACUAGAAGAAAAGUUUCUUCUAGCAUAUAAUUUUUCAAAUAGAUUCAGAACUGAUGCCUAAAUACUAGAAUCUUUUUCAACCACCCCGCUGGUGUAAUGAUAGGGCUUUGUGGGACUGGCUGUUCUAACUGCUUCAACAUGGUUGGUCUUACAUUUGGUUGCCAUUGUGCAAGGCAAGCCAAAAGCAAAUAUGGUGAGUGUUUUGUGUUGAAAUGCUGUGUUUGCAUGUUUGCACUAAUGCAAUAUUUGUAAAUGCCAAGGCAAGAGGAAAUAAAAUCUCAGAAUAGUAUCCAGCAUCCGAUUGAGUCAAGGAACAUGUAAUUGAAUUGCUAGGAAUAAUUCCCAUGGAACCACAUAGUUUUGAAUGAGACUUGUGCAAUGACUCUGUAAUUCAUAUUGAUUUUUAUUAUUAUUAUGAGGACCAAGAUUAGGUUAAGAAUAAUUUGCUAACUGGAAUAACUCUUUCAACAGCAAAUUUCUCUUCAUUAUAAAUGGAAAAUAUCUAAAUUCUCAUACUUGGACAACUUAAACCAGUGCAAGACUGAAAAGAAUUAAAUAAAACACCAGGAUCUAAUUUUAAGGGAUAGAAAAUGGUUUAAAGAAAAUGUGGCAGGAAGUAUUUUUUAAUGUGUCUUUAUAUUAUGAGAUACAACAUAUGACAUAAUAUAAAGGCACAUUUUAAAAAAUGUACUGAAUUGCAUUCAGUACUGUCAUGAAAAAUGAAAUGAAAAAGGAGCUCUAGGUGUUCUAAUUACCACCUUAAUAGUCUAGCACACUGAAGUUCAUAACAUUUCUGUCUAGGUUUAGUUCCUAGUACAGCAUACUAGUCAUUUUUAAAGGUUCAUAUUUUCAUUAUGCUAUUGUCAGUUUACUAUUUUGGCAAAAAGAAGAGGAAGAACAGAACAAUUGUGGUAAUCAAAGGUUAAAGGACAACAGUUCUAAUAACACCCCAUAUGGAUAAAUACACAUUUAAGAAGGAUGCAUAGCUAAUCUCCCUCAUUGUUCACAGUGGGAUGUUUAUGUCACUCACCAAAUAAUACAUACAACGUAGAGAUUGAUAAGAAGAAAUCAUGGAUUGAUAAAGAUCUCUGGAAAAAUCUCAGUAUAGAUAGGAUUGUAUUUAAUGUUUGACUGUCAGGAUGUGUAGUGAGCAAUGAGCACAUUUGUAAUAGAAGUCAGGGCUAAUAGAUGUGUUGAAACACUGUCUUAAAACUAUGAAUAUUUUCUCAUGUUGAAAAAAUUAUACUAAUAAAAUCAACAGUUCUCAUAGCUAAAUUCUAAGGAAAAAUAAUGUCCAAAAAUGUGUUCACUUUCUGUGACAUUCCUUUGAGAUAGUACACAAGCAUACUUUUUUCAGGAUUGAAAGAAACAAAUCAAAAGAUGAGCUCUUAGAAAUUCUGCCUAUAAUAGCAACCAACUUUUUUGGGCCUUAUAAUUACACCUAAUUACUGUUUCAAAGUUACUCUCAAAACAAUUCUGGUUCUUGCACAAACUUCAGCAUAAUGCUGUUUUCCCUUCCCCUGUAAAAAGUUGUAAAAAGAAUUCAUUAAUACCCCUUUGCGCUUUUUAUUGUUAUAUUGUAAAUUCUGUAUCUUUCUAAUUGUUUGAAUUGCAUACAUAGCCAGAGCAAGCAACGUAGACUAUAGUUCUGAAGAAGACCAUUGUGACAUUCCUUUAAACUGGCCACCUUGGGGGGUGGCAGGGGUUUUUCCUAGAUGGCAUGAGGUUGAACUGGAUGUCCCAUGUGGUCUCUUCCAACUUUACGAUUAUAUGAAAAAGAUGGUAGCUUAUGGCCUUCAAGAUGCUAUCCAAAUACUGUCCAAUGUGUGAUGGACAUAACUGAUACCCAUCUGUACUUUAUGAUGAACUGGCAUUAAACAUGACCCAUAAGACUUUCUGAGUCAUUGUUUGGCACCAUGGUAAUCUUGUCCUGUUUCUUUGGAGUUUACUGUAUUUGCUUUUUAGUCUCCAGUUGGCUCAGAAAUGAUAUUUCAUUUGGAUUCAAAGUUCAGUGCUCACUGCACUAUGAAUCAAUUUGUUUUAAUAAAUAUGUUGCCUGAAAUAAGUAA